AUGGCGUCUCUGAACGAACAACUCGCCACGCUGGUUGAGAAUUACACGGCUUGCGAUGUAUCCGACGCUCUCUUAAAGCUACAGAAAGUGCCCGAGGGCAUUGCACCACGAGCUGGAUAUCUCGCUGAUUUGACCCCCUUCUCCCCGAUCAUCGGAAGAAACGAAGGCGCGCCAAAAGUUGCAGCGCCAGCGACAACAUUCAAGUUCAUUUCAAAGAGCGCCAGCCCGCCUUCAAUUGCAACGGAGAGACCCGAAAAACACGGGUUCCCGCCUGGCAAGCACUGGGUUGACUAUGCAGGCGACUUUGCCGCGGAAGAUCCGUCCAAGGCGGGCUCAAUCAUUGUGAUUGAGCAGCCGGAUGAUCAAUACUGUGCUGUAACCGGUGGGAUUAUGGCGACGCGCAUGAAAGUACUCGGUAUCAAAGCUGCUAUUGUGGGUGGUCGCGUGCGUGAUUUAAGGGAAUUGCAGGCGACAGGGCUCCCGAUUUGGGCUCGAGGUACAUCGACUGUCGGUACUGGCGCCGAGGCCAAAGCGGGCGUACGGAAUGUUCCUAUUUCUAUCGGAGGGGUGACUGUUGAUGCAGGAGACAUUGUUUUCUGUGAUCCCAUGGAAGGCGUGGUCGUCAUUCCUCGUAAUCUGCUCGGCCCUGUGCUUGAACUCAUGCCGAAGUUGAUCAGAAUGGACGACCAGGCGAAGGAAGCCGUGGCGCAAGGAAUGACCGUCACAGAUGCCUUCAAGAAGUUCCGCUAA